UUCAAUUAUUUCGUGCACGGAAACAAGAAUAAGACUCAAACCUUCUUAAAGUCUUCCCCUUUAGCCUCUCACCAAAAGUAUCAAACCUCACAGCCAUUCCUCUCCCAAAACUUCAAUGGAAGCACCACCUACUUCCUUCAACCAUGUUGUUGCCAUUCCUUAUCCUGCACGAGGCCACGUCAAUCCAAUGAUGAACCUAUGCAAGCUCCUUGUCUCCAACAACAACAGCAUCCUCGUCACCUUUGUAGUCACCGAGGAAUGGUUAAGCUUCAUCUCCUCAGAACCAAAACCCGACAAAAUAAUCUUCCGUUCUAUCCCUAACGUUAUUCCCUCCGAACUCACUCGCGGCCGUGACCAUCCUGCUUUCAUAGAAGCUGUCAUGACAAAGAUGGAGGAACCGUUUGAGAAGGUGCUCAACCUACUUCUACUUGACCACCCUCCUUCAAUCAUUGUGUAUGAUACUUACUUGUAUUGGGUUGUUGGAGUCGGAAACCGAAAGAAUAUACCGGUAGCAUCAUUUUGGACAAUGCCUGCUUCUAUUUUUUCUAUUUUGUUGCACCAACAUCUUUUGGAACUAAAUGGUCACUCUCCUUUGAAUCUUUCAGAAAACGGCGAUGAACGUGUAAAUUAUAUUCCUGGAGUUUCCUCAACGCGCUUAGCGGAAUUACCUUGUUUUCACUUCUAUGAUAGUAACGAAAACAAACGAAUGACGCAGAUGCUUUUGAAAGGUUUUGAGUGGAUUCACAAAGCACAGUAUCUUCUAAUUUCUUCAAUAUAUGAGCUAGAAUCUCAAGCAAUUGAUACCUUAAAAUCAAAAUUGUCCAUACCAAUUUACACGAUUGGUCCUACCAUACCAUACAUUAGCCUAAAAGACAGUCCCAAACCAAACACUAACAAUAGCUACAUUGAGUGGCUAGAUUCACAACCAAUUGGUUCUGUUCUUUACAUAGCACAGGGAAGUUUCUUUUCAGCUUCAAGUGAACAAAUUGGUGAAAUUGCAAGUGCUUUAUGUGAAAGCAAUGUUCGAUUUUUGUGGAUAGCACGUAGUGAAGCUUCAAGGUUGAGACAAAUAUGUGGAAACAAGGGAUUGGUUUUGGAAUGGUGUGACCAAUUGAGAGUGUUGUCACAUUCUUCUAUUGGUGGAUUUUGGUCACAUUGUGGUUGGAAUUCUACUAAGGAAAGUGUUAUUUCGGGAGUACCGUUUUUGACUUUUCCAAUUGUUUUUGACCAACCAUUUAAUAGUAAGAUGAUAGUAGAUGAUUGGAUGGUUGGAUUGAGAGUUAAAGAAAAUGUUAAGGAAAAUGUUUUGGUUAAGAAAAGUGAAAUUGUAAAAGUAGUGUGUGAACUUAUGGAUUUGAAUAGUGAUCUUACAAAGGGUAUUAGGGAAAGAAGUAGAAAGCUUCAAAAGAUAUGUUGUGAUGCAAUGGGAGAUGGUGGCUCAGCAGACACUGAUUUGAAAGCCUUCAUUGGUGAUAUAAUAAUGCAUUCUUCUUCAAAGUUCACACAUGCUUAAGGGUCCACUUCCUGGAGUGAAGUCUCUGUCUCAAUAAUAUUUUGAUUUGUACUUUAUUAGUAAUAUUUAUGUUUGUUUGUUAUUUAUUGUUAUUGAAACAAAUUAUUUCUGUGGUACAUUGUACUGUCCGAAGAAAUGCUAGGCCUCUUUUGUAUUUCUCUGUCACGUCACGUAUUUCUGUUGUACCAAGUACACUGUAAAGUGUAUAUAAAGACAACCAUAUAGAAACAAACAACAAAUUGAAUCCAA